UCUAUUGAUUUUUCGCUCGAGCACAGCAACGUCAAUGGCGCUCACUGAUUCUCCUCUGUAUCAGUCAACAGCUUCACUGCAACUCUCCUCUUCUCCUCAUGGCAAAUCUCCUUAUUCGUCGGCAAAGCUCUCUCCGCUCACCUUCUUCCCCAGCUCACUCUCCGAACGAAAAUCAUGCCCCCAGAGGAAGCUGGUUAUUGUCUGCAAGAAAGUGUCGGGUUUGCAGGAGGCCAUGAGAAUGAGGAGAGAACGGGAGCUUCAAAGUACGAAAAAGAUCAGGAGGAGGCCCCCUCUAAGACGUGGAAAGGUGUCCCCACGCCUUCCCGUGCCUGACUAUAUUCCUAGGCCUCCUUAUGUGGGGUUGCCCAUGUUGCCAGAACUUGCAAAGGAAUACCAAAUCCAUGAUUCUGAAGGAAUUGCUCAAAUGAGAGCAGCAUGUGAGCUUGCUGCUCGUGUGUUGGAUUAUGCCGGAACAUUGGUUAGGCCAUCUGUGACAACUGAUGAAAUUGAUAAAGCAGUUCAUCAAAUGAUUAUCGAAGCAGGUGCUUAUCCUUCGCCUCUGGGCUACGGUGGGUUCCCAAAGAGUGUAUGUACAUCAGUAAACGAAUGCAUGUGCCAUGGAAUACCAGAUUCCCGUCAACUACAGGAUGGUGAUAUAAUAAACAUAGAUGUGACGGUCUACUUAAAUGGCUAUCAUGGAGACACAUCUAAGACAUUCCUCUGUGGGAAUGUUAGCGAACCUCUUAAACGCCUUGUGAAGGUAACUGAAGAGUGCAUGGAGAGAGGAAUAGCUGUUUGCAAAGAUGGAGCUAGUUUCAAGAAAAUUGGAAAGAGGAUAAGUGAGCAUGCUGAGAAAUAUGGCUUUGGUGUUGUCGAGCGUUUUGUUGGUCAUGGUGUCGGCACCAUAUUUCAUUCUGAACCAAUCAUCUAUCAUCACAGCAAUGAAGAACCUGGCUGCAUGGUUGAAGGUCAAACUUUUACGAUCGAACCGAUCCUCACGAUGGGAAGCAUCGAAUGUAGAACAUGGCCGGACAAUUGGACAACUGUCACAGCUGAUGGCGGCCCCGCUGCUCAGUUCGAGCAUACCAUCCUAAUCACGCGAACAGGCGCAGAAAUUUUAACCAAGUAUUGAAGAUAUCUUCACUAAGCUGUCACCGAACCCAUUUUUGAUUUAGUAUCUCAUCUGGGUUCUAAUUAACUCUAGUGGUUAAUCAUACUUGGUUGAUCUGUUCAAUGUUAUCUCUGGCCUAUUUAUUCGGGUUAACUAGCGGAGAGUUUUAUGGUUACCCUUGCUGCACACGAUGUCGGUUACGGGAAGGCGAGACAUUGCAUGACUAAGCAAAGAAAGACCAGUAAAACAAGGAGAAAGCAUGGGCAUGUUAAACGUGUGGACGGAGAGGGUUUUAGCUGUUGGUGGAAUCAUGAUGUUAAGCGUGAGAAUCUUCUUGCCCGGUAAAACUGUCUCCCACAAGUGAGGGAAAGAAUACUCCCCCUGAUUGUCUUCAUUGGUAAAAUGCUGCAUGCGUGUUAAUCGUGUGGGCCUAAACAGCUUUGGUUUUUAUAUCUACAAAUGGUCAGAUUCGAAUUUUUUUAGAUUUUA